AUGGGAUGGAGGGAGGGAGGGCCGAGGGAUGAGCAACGCAUCCUGUCAUGGGAUUGUCCAUCUCGUGGGACGGACAAAGGAGAAGGGUCAGUCACCCUUCUGGAGGGAGACACAGCUGGUGGCUGAGCUGAGAACCCAGCUCCCCGCCCCAGAGGGACCCGUGCAGCAUGGCACUAACUCUCCUUCUGCCUGUGCUGGCCUCUCUCCAGCUCCUUCCCUGGCUGGUGUCCCCUGCAGCUAACCACCCAGCCCCAGCCUUCUCCGUGCAUCCCCAGAAGGUUGAAUACCUGCUUGGAGACAUCGUGGGCCUCACAUGCUCUGCUCCCCCUGCAAAGGAUCGGGUGUCGGUAUUCCAAUACUACAGCAAUAUGGGAUGGGCUGUCUCAGCCAAGGCGUCCUCCGGGUGGAAACACACCUACAACCUCAACAUCACGGAGCCACAGAGUGCGGGUUCGUACAGUUGUAACUAUUACACGGGCAAGACUGGUCAUUUCGUCCGCUCCGAGGAGAGCAACCGGAUCACCAUCAGAGUCAAAGACCCCCCUGCAGAGCCGACACUGAGCGUGGAUCCCACGUCUGGAGUGGUGAGCGAAGGGCACCCCCUACUCAUCACCUGCACGGCCCCCGGGGACACCAGAGAGCUGAGGUUUCACUUCUACCAGGAUGGAGCCAAGAUCAUCCCUGGGGACGCUGGGUCUGAGAUCAGCACCGCGGAGCCCAGGACUAGCUCACUGACAGUCUCUGUGCUCAGGAUCCCGCGAGUUGACACCAACAGCACCGGGGAAUACGCCUGUCAGUACGAGGAGAAACAGAGUGAGAGAUGGAUCCUGUCCACCAGGAGCCAGGCUGUGACUGUUACCUUGAAAGAUCCCCCUCCACGGCCAGUGCUGAGCAUGGAUCCCCCAUCAGGAGAGGUGAACGAAGGUUUCCCUCUGCUCAUCACCUGCACAGCCCCUGGGGCUGCCAGCGAAUGGAGGUUUCACUUCUACAAAGAUGGAGCAAAGAUUGUCCCUGGGGAUGCGAGGUCUGAGAUCAGCAUCAAGGAGCCUGGCACCAACUCUAGGAAUGUCUCUGUGCUGAGCAUCCCACGGGCUGGUCCCAACAGCGCUGGGGAAUUCACCUGCGGGUAUGAGGAGAAUGUGAGCGGAAGGUGGGUCCCGUCCCCAAGGAGCUGGCCUGUGAACAUCACCGUGAAGGAUCCCCUUCCCUUGCCGGUGCUGAGCCUGGAUCCCCCAUCCGGGGUGGUGAUCAAGGGGGUCCCCUUAGUCCUCACCUGCACAGCCCCCGGAGAUGCCAGCGAGUGGAGAUUUCACUUCUACAAGGACGGGGCUGAGAUUAUCCCUGGGGACAUGGGGUCUGAGAUCAGCACCAAAGAGUCCAGCACGGAUUCUAUGAUGCUCACUUUCCCAUGGGCUGGUCCUGCGAGCUCCGGGGAAUUCACCUGCGGCUAUGAGGAGAACGUGGCGGGGAGGUGGAUCCCGUCCCCCAGGAGUCAGGCUGAGAACGUCACCAUGAAGGAUCCCCUUCCCUUGCCAGUGCUGAGCCUGGAUCCCCCAUCCGGGGUGGUGAUCAAGGGGGUCCCCUUAGUCCUCACCUGCACAGCCCCUGGAGAUGCCAGCGAGUGGAGAUUUCACUUCUACAAGGACGGGGCUGAGAUUAUCCCUGGGGACAUGGGGUCUGAGAUCAGCACCAAAGAGUCCAGCACGGAUUCUGUGAUGCUCACUUUCCCAUGGGCUGGUCCUGCGAGCUCCGGGGAAUUCACCUGCGGCUAUGAGGAGAACGUGGCGGGGAGGUGGAUCCCGUCCCCCAGGAGUCAGACUGAGAACGUCACCAUGAAGGCUACCUGGUCUCUGCCCAUCCCCCUGGUGGCUGGGUGCGUUGGUGCCGCUGUGGGUCUGGUUCUGCUCCUGCUUCUCAUCUGUUUCUACAAGAGGAAGAAGAAAGGUUUCAAGUGGGAGCGAAGGAGGAGAACCGAGAACGAUGGUUCCAUCAGCAGUUACUCACCUAUACCUCUGGCAAUGAUCAACCCAGACACUCUUUAAUCUCCAGGGGAAAUUACACUGUCCUACCUCAGUGCAUGGGGCUGGACUUCAAGCUCCUUGCCUCUGUGUCCCCUCAGCUCCUUGCCUCUGCGUUCCCUGCAACAUCAUAGGGCCAAUGAAGAUCUGUGAAGCUUACCACACUCACUGUGCAUAUUCUCCCAAGGUCUCCUUCAUACUGGCAGACACACACCAAGUCUCCAGCCGAAAACAUCCCUGGCAAAAUGAGAUGUGAUUGUGUCUCUUUGCCUGCUGCAGAGAGACUGGGACUGUUCAAAAGGAAGGAAGAAGUUUCUAUUCUCCCAACUUCUCAGCAAAUCUCCCCUUUACCAGGAACGUUCAAGCUGAUGUAAAUCUCUGUAAAUUUCCCAUCUCCUGUUUGUCAUUAAACCUCCCUUUAACCUCC